AUGAUACAAGACGAGGUUAUCUGGAAAUGAAUAAAGUAUGCUCACUGUGCUUUCAAAACCAAAACUGAGACACAGGACUUCUGUAAGAACAAGCAUAACCUGACCGGACUGUGCACAAGACAGGCUUGUCCAUUAUCUAAUUCCAAUUAUUCAACUAUCAUUGAAGAAAAGGGUGUCUGCUACCUAUACCAGAAGACAAUUAAGAGAGCCCAUCUGCCUAAUAGGCUCUGGGAGAAGGUUAAGCUUCCAAAGAAUUACAAGAAGGCCUUAGAACUAAUAGACAAGGAACUUGAAUUUGACAGUAAAUUCCAAAGACAUAAUUGCAAGAGAAGAUUGACUAAAUUGCAUCAAAUGAUCAUUAGAAGAAGAAGACUCAGGCUUAACCAGAUGGAACAAUACGAACCUAUUAAGACCAAAUUUGAGAAAAGAGAGAAACAUAGGGAAAAGAAAGCAGAAAGAGCAGCCAACCUUGAAAUCUCUAUUGAGAAAGAACUUCUUAAUAGACUUAAAGAAGGAGUUUAUCCAAAGGAAAUAUAUAAUCUUGACCAAGAAGCCUUCGAGAAAGCCAUUGCUGAGCAAGAGGUUGAAGAAGAGAAGGAUGAUGCUAAUAAUGAAGAAGAAAGUGAAGAAGAGACCUUGACGACAUUGAUGAUCUAG